AAUAUAGUCUGGUGGUUGGUGAACUCUCCCCUCCAUCUUGGUACGGCCCGUUGCCUAGGUGAUUGCAGAAGCCAAUCUACUCCGCCACGCCUGUCCUCCUAGGCGCUUGGUUUUCUCGUCGCUGCCAGCUCUAGCUGCUGGUACGCAUGGAUUACAGCAACAAUGGGACUGAUGAAGCUUGAGGAUCUGCUCUUCAUUGCCACACAAGUGCAAGCAGAGCUGUGUUUCGUGUGGGACAUCAUGUAGGAAGGGCAGCUGCUUCAGUUCAGUAUUUUCUCAGCUGAGGAAAUGGCUUCAAAGUUACUGAAGAUGGAUCACGAAGAGGUUUUGACGGAGCUGGACCAAAUUUCUAAGCGACUUCAGGGGGAUGGCUUGCCUCCGGAGGCUAAUGCGGAGGAGCGGCAGCGGCAUUUAUGGCAGCAGCUGCUCGGCGCUGAGGCAAAGCUUCAGUCGGUCUCAACAGAGCUGCAGACCUUACGUACGCAGCAGGCCAAUGAAAUGAGGGAGUUGGAGAGCUAUGUAGCACACAUCCGGACGCUACUGGAAGAGCGUGAGUGUCUGACUGCAGAGUAUGAGAGAGACAAUGAAGACUUGCGAAAUGAACUUCACCAAAUCAAACAUCAGCAAGAGAUCCAGAGCAAGGAGAUGGCAGAGAUGUUGUCACAGGAAGACCUGGGGGAGAUUGGUUUGAGUAGCCCCAGUGAGCAGGUGGCUUACUUGCUGGUGGAAAGGGCCACUCUGCUGGAAAGGCUGGAGGCUGCCGAGGGGAAACUGGAAAGUCACACUCUCGCUGUUAACACCAACAAUAGCGACCAUCGGGAGUACAUCCAAUUAAUGGGAGAGAACCUGAGGCAGCAGAGGGAGGAUAUGCGCAAGACCAUGGACCACAUGACAAAGCAGUGUUCAUCCCAGAGUCCGUGGAGGAAGCUGUUUGGCCUGCGCAGGUCUGCUCAGAGCAAACACAAUAUGACCCCUGCCCACAGUGAGGAGAUUUCUAGGGAGCAAACUGAGCGACAGCGCCUAGAACGAGACCUGGAAGAGGCAUCCAGGAGGCUGGCGAUGGCUCAUCAAGACAUUCGCAGACUCAACAAUGAGCUUGAUGCAGCCAAAAACAACGACCGAGACCCUUGUGAUGUGAUGAAGCUGCAGCGAGCCAAAGAGCAAAAUGACAGACUGGAUGCAGAGAACAGAACUCUCAGGGAAAGAGUACAUGUCAUAGAGUCUGAGAAGAAAAAUCUCAUGGAUCAGGUGACAAAAUCUAAUACAGCCAAAGACGACUUAAAGAGCAAGAGCAGUGAAUCUGAAAACUGUCUCUUUUCUGUGCCAGCCCAAGAAAAGGAUCAGAUUCAUAAACGGUGUCAGGAAGCGGUGGAAGACGGACUCGUGCAGAUGAGAGAGCUGCAACGGCAACUCCAGAGGCUACGCAAAGAGCAGGAAGAGCUGGAGGAGAGGAAUGAAGAGCUGGAGGCGCUGUUGGGGGAGGCCCAGAACGCCAGCAAGGAGGAGAGGCAUCGCCAUGAGGGAGAAGUGGAGGGGCUGCUCAGAAGGAUUAAAAGCCUAGAGGCAGAGCUGAAAAAGCAGGAUGCCCAAGACAAAAUACUGAAAAAUGGCGAGGAGGUGAAGACCACUGAGUCCUACCUACACGCUCACUUGAGGGACAGUUCCCAGGAGAGAAUGGCUCUGCUGGAGGCUCGUCUGACUGAGGAGAAGGAGUGGAGGAAACAGCUGGAGUUAGAUCUUACUGCUGCUCAGGCUGCCCUCAAGAAAGAUAAAGAGGCUUUGCAGAUAGGCGAGCGAGAGCUGAAGAAACUGAGACUUGAGGUCAGCGGUCUUCAGACCGAAUGCCAACAGGGGAAAACUCUGAUCAAAAGUCUCACCCAGGUCAAGGGAGAAAAGGCAGUUCUAGAAGAAAAGGUGGCCCAGAUGGAGCGUGCUCACAGCAGACUCCAGAGUGAGCUGGAACACUACAAGGAUAGUAAGCAAACACAGGGAAGAAUGAUGGAAAACAGACUUCAGGCUGAUCUAACACAGGAGCAGGUUGACAGCCUCAAAGUCGAACUCAGCAGCCUCCGAUCUUCACACGACACUCUGAGGGAGGAGAUGGCCUCUGAACGACAGAAGAUUGCUGAGCUCCAGGCCGAGCUGAGCAACGCUGUACAUCUGAAGUUAGAGGCUGAAGGAAAAAGAGACCGACUGGAGCUCGAGGUCCAGCGGCUCAAUAAGCAGCUUCAGUGGCAUCAAGAGCAGCUAUGUUGUGCAAAGGAAGCACUUUGUUGCAGCCAGAAGGCUGAACAGCAGACGGCUAACACAGGAUCAAGGUCGGAUUCAGGGGAGAAAGAAAGGGUUGAAGGUUUGGAUCAGCUUUCAUCUCUGAAGAACGAAAUAAAUGUUCUGGAGGAUAAGUUGGAAGCAGAGCGGCAGCUAGCCACUCAGCACCAAAUGGCGCUUCAGGCUCAGAUUAAUGAAGCCCAGGCCCAUAUUAAGUCCCAAGAUUCAGUGCUGAGCCAGAAGGCAGAGGAGGCUAAACAGAUGAAGCAAGACGUGCAGAGGGCCCAGAGCCUGUUCACCUCAGCUGAGAAAGAGCUGCGCUACGAGAAGGAAAAGAGCAUGGAUCUGAAGAGACACAACACUCUGCUGGAGCAGGAAAAACUCAAACUUGGUGCUGAACUCAAGCAGGCCCAGUCCAAGCUGGUCCAGGUGGAGCAGAAACUCCAAACUCAAGAUGCAGAGUGUGAACGUCACCAGCAGAAAAUCAGAGAAUUGGAGAUGCAGCUCAUACGCAGCAGCACAAAUGGCAGCACCACCGCUAGUCUGCAGGAGGAGCUGCAGGCCGAGAGGGCGCGGCUCAUUGCUGCCGACAAGAAGGUGUUGGAGCUCCAGCAGCAGCUAAAGAACGCCCAGCACCAGCUACGAGUCGAGGAAGCUCGGGCCGGUGAGAGCAGCCGUCUGGAGAGGGACAGCAGGGAUCUGUCUGACUCUUUGUCAGCCCUGAGAGCCCAGCAGCAGGAGGAGCACAUCACCAGGAAGCUUUUAGAGCAACGUGAAGAGGAGCUGCAGCAGCAGGUACGCUCGCUUAGGCUGAAGGAAGCUUCCCUGAACAGGACAAACACGGAGCUCAGCCACCGUGUCCAACAGCUGGACACCCGACUGUCCAUUCUGGACGCUGAGCUUAAUAAGAUCAGAGAGGAGGCAAAAACCAGCCAGAGAUCACAUCAGAAACUGCAGGAAGAUCUGGUGGUCAGUCAGCAGGAGUGUGAAAAGUUGCAGGAGGAGCUGCAACAGGUUCUCCUCCAACUAGAUGCACGCAUUAGGAAGUACCACGAAAAACAAAGUCAACACAAGACCAAACUGCACCAGGCCAAGCAGGUUUUCCUAAAGGCAACAGCACAGAGAGACUCUACCAUCCAGAAACUAGAAAACAAUCUGGCACUGGCCUCCAGUCUCUCCUACAAGGAGAAGGAGCGGAUCAAUGCAGUAAUGAUAGAAAACGAGAAGCUGCUGGAGGAGAAGCGGGAACUGUUGCGCAGGAUAAAUGAGGCAGAGGACAUGGGCAGCAAAGGCAUGAGGACUGCCUCCGCAGUCCAACACAGGGUUAAUGUCUUAGAAGUGGAAAACAGGCAACUGCAGGACAGAACCAUGAAGCUCUCCAAUCAAGUCAGCUCCCUGGAGCGUUCCCUGAGGAAUGUCGAGUCAUUCUACAGUCUGGAGAAUGCCAAGAAAAUGUUCCCCUCCGACGGUUUCACGGAAGGAGUCCUGCAUGCAUCCACUCUGAGUCUGACCUCAGGUCCCUGUGAUCAUGUGGACAUCCUGGACGCAAUAUGUCGUGCAAAGGUGAGCAAGCACAUGGUGCUGGAUGGCACAAAGACCUCAGUCUCUACACAGCAGCCAUCUGAGCAGGGAUACCUGAACCUCACUUCCCCGCAGGUUACUCCAACUUCCAUAAAAGACAUGGAAGAGAACCCUGAUGGCAAUGACCAGGUCUGAGAGAAGAUGCAGUUUAAUGGUGUCACUGCCAGACAACGUAUGCCCUUCUGUUUAGAUUAAAACCUGCUUACACUACAGUUUUACUCAGGGAUUUGAUUCAUGUUUGGCUUGCAAGUACUGUAUUUUGUUCCAGUUCCUCAAAGUGAAUAUUUAGCCUUUAUUAAUCAAGUGUUUUUGAUAUGCUUUGUUUUUAAAGGACAACAAUGUUAUGUCAGAUACUUUAUGAGAACCUAACCAAUGCAAAAAUGUGUGCAAAUGGUAAGUUAAUUAUGUUUGUUUUGUUUGUUUGCCAUUGCACAACAAAGCUUAUGAGCAUAAUUGAAAGCUUCCUCUAGUGCAUAUAGAAGAUUGAUACUGUUUGUAAUAUAACACAACAUCAGAAAAAGGACUUCACACCAUUGCUGGAAAUGUGAAAUGCAUUUUUACGACAGUUUUUUUUAAUGAUUAUAUUUGAAUUUAAGCACUUUACCACAUUUUUUUACACAGAUGUUGUUUACAUUAGAGAGGUUGUAGCAGUGGAGUUCAAUCAGUGGGAUAUUAAUGCUUUUUUCCUGGUUCGAUUUUGCAGUGUUUUGAUGCCUUACAUUGCCUAAAGUGUUGGUUAAUGUUGUACUUUUUAAGAAAAAAAGUCCAAAUCUGAUCAGCUUGUUCUUACCCGAUUACAAAUGUAUAACCUAUAUAACUUUCUCAAUGCUGAUGCAUCCAUUUAUGUCUGAUUGGAGAUCAUGUGGUACUUGAUAUGUUUUCUUCUAUUUCUUCUUUGUCUACAGUAAGUUUCCUCUGGUUGUUCUUAUUUUUGCCCACAUGAAACAUAGUUACCUCCAGCGGUCAGAAAACAGCACAGUGUAGCCCCAAGGAGCUGAGGCAGAGCCACAUCAUUCAUUUUACUUGCCUACCUGGGAAAUACAUAUAUAUUUAAACGGUUAUCUUUAAUCUGAGAAUAUUUGUAACAAAAUUAAAGCAAAGGUUUUAAAAAUGCAUAGUAUUAGCCUGGCCUUUUUAUUAAGACCAGGUAUGAUUAGAUAUGAUUACAGCUCAGUUUUGUCAGCUCUUCCUUCAUCAUUUCUUUAGAAUCGGCGUCAUAGCAUGCUAUCUCGCAUGGGUUCCAGUUGCAGUAGGUCACUGGUGUUUAGUGAUGAUGUAACAGAACCAGUCUGAGAUAUUCUGAACCACAGAGAUGUAUCCAAAUUCUGUGAUAAAACUGCCCUGCCUUUAAAAGAGAGUAUAGAGCUGUCUGCAUUUAUUAAGUGUAGGGAUGUGAAAAAAGCAUCUUUUAGUGCAGCAGCAUAUUCUGACUGGAACGUUUAGAAAAAAUACAACUUGCAAUGAAGAUAUAAUUGUUUUUAACAAAACCAGCAGUGAUGCAGUUGUUGGUACUGUUGGCAAUUGUUGAAAGACCCGAAGACGACUUAUUUUCACUUUUCUAAAAGAGUCCACCAGAUUUAGAGUAAGAAAAUCUCCUGGUAUUUCAAAUAACUCAGGAAAUCAUGCAUUCUAGCAAGGUUCCCAGAGCCUUUAGAGGAGAAACAAGUCCGCAGCAUCACAGAUCCUCCGCCAUACCCAUCAGUUGGGCAUGAGGUGCUCUUCCACAUAUUCAUCUUUGUUCCUUAACCUGCCAUCAGAGUCUUGGCAGAAAAGGCGCUUUAAUGGCAUCUCUCCCAGAUAACAGGUUGCCAUCUAGACAGCAUCUAAUGGUUGUUAUACAUACUUGGCGACCCUAAGAUGCCACUCCUUGCUUGAGUGAGCUUUGGAGAUUUUUUUUUUUACCUUCCUCUCCAUCCUCCUCAUUGUGCUUUAUGGCAAGAUAAGUCUGGGUCCUUGUGGAGUCCAGCAGCUAAUAGAAAUGACCUUCGGUGGAAUGAUUUAGGUGGAAAGACAUUUUUUUACAUUGUACUCGAAUCAAAGGGGAUUAUAAUACUGCAAUAAAUGCUGAAUUUAUUUUAGGAUUUUUUUCUUACAUCUUUGACAGGAGUUCCCAUAAAUGUGCCUGACAUUUAUGGGAAUAUCAGCUGCACUUUAGACCCAUACACUAACAUAGGUUUUAAUAAAACAUGAAUGCAUCACAUCUGUAUCUAUUUAGUAAAUGUAAGCCACUAUUUUUGUAUUGGUCAAUUUUACACAGAAUAUUGUUUUCAAGGUGCCUGAAAUGAUUGUGUUUAUCAGACUGCUGCAGGUUUUUGUUUUUGCAAAACAAAAUCCUUUUUGAAAGAAUGAUGGAUUGUUUUUUUCCAAUUCAAAAUUAUUUUUCUAAAAUAAAGAUUUAAUGAAUGAAAACGUUUGUUUGCUCUGUUUAACAAGUUCAAAUCAAGAAGCGGGUUAAUUUAUAACAGUCUGUUUAUUAAACAAGGUAAAGAUACAAAGCUUUUUUUUUUUUUCUUUUUAUUUCCUUUUUUAAACAUUGAUAACCUUAGUUUAACUCCUCGGUCUUGGCUGUGCAUAUUUAGUCGUCUAGAAACUGUAUAUGAAAUCACAAUGCAAGACAGGAGAAAGUGUAAUAAAUCUACGGAAUAUCUUUUUCAUAGAGAACAUGGGUUAAACAGUUAUACAGAUUACAGCUCAAGAUCUCCAUGCGGAAUAAAACAAAAGACCAAAAUAAGAAAAUGCUUACAUGACUGAAAACUGUCGAACACAAUACAGAGUAAUGGAUCUGGGAUGAUGAACAAUUAAGGCUUACAUGUAUGGAACUGAUAUAAAAGAUGAAUAUUAAUAACAUACAGGUUGACUAAAAUAAUUACAGUAAAUUCAUACAUGAACCUUUACAAAUUCUAAACAGAACAUAUUGAUGGAAACCCAAAAAGUAGGUACUAUAAAUGAGUAACAGGUUUUACAGCAACAUGUACAUUUUUUC